UGUCGUGCUAGUGCGACGAGUGCAGCACAGAUUGGAGGUUGUCUAGUCUUGUUACAGAUUUGGGCUUGGGAGCGUCUGCCUAUGACUAGACCUAGAGGGGUUAUACCAUUUGAUCAGCUAGUAGAUGUCCCAUAUGGAGUCAGAUGGGUGUGUUACCAUCGAUGGUCAGAUUGUACCACGCACUCCAUACGAGCAUACCGGGACCAGCUUGACAGAUUGCUCGAGGGAGAGUUAUACUGUAAGGCGGAUUGCAGUCAACGCCUUGAUCCUGGUAGGCAUCCAGAUGGGUUUGUACCUUCACACGAGGUAUUGAGAGUUCAUGAGUUGUUAACAGAGUGUGUUCGUGCUCUUGGGCAUGCAUCUAUCCUUGAUCACCCACAGGAUCAGCAUCCUUACAACCCAGGACAUAUCAGGAGACGGGUAGAUAGAAGGCGUGAUGCACCUGCUGUCGGAGUCAGACGUGGAGGGCGGGGUAGUCGGAGGUUGCACGUCGAUGAGGAAGACGAACACAUCCCCAUUGAAUCUCCCCCUAUGACCCAGGAUGAUGAUGAAGAAGAUGUUGGUGACGAAGAACAUAUUCAGAGCGACACACAUACACCUUCUUGCAUGGUUGAGCCGUCGAGUUCACAUCAUCUUGAAUUCCACAUCAUCCAAGUUUAUGUUUUAUGAUUUUCACAAAUAAAUUAGUGAUGGCAUGUGUUUUGUAUCUUUAAUUUUAUGGAUAAAUUUUAUGUACUCUAUCAAUAAAUUUGUUGUAAUUUA